CUUGGAGGACUACAUACCAACACCGCGCAUGCGUGGAUUUUCACCUUUCUCCCCCCCCUCCUUUCGCCUCUCGAACGUCAACACAGCGCAUGCGCGGACUUGCCCGGCUCUUUUUCAAGUCUGCCCUCAGCUAGACAGUAACACUGCGCAUGCGCAGAUAUUCACUUCGCCUUUUUUAAGGCCCGCCCCUUUCGCCGCCGGCCCCCGAGUGGCACGAGGAAAAGCAACGCCGCCGCGCAUGCGCAGACUUUCGUUUCUACAGGCGGCCUCUUUUGCCGUUGCUUUCACGCCUUUUUUUGUUGUUCACACCUUUGCCUUCGCUUUCGCCUCUGAGUGGAAAAGGACACUUGUUUAGUAGCGCCUCCGUUUUGAGGCCCGUUGGCUGGAUUGGUCGGGUGGUUUUUUUGUCUCCUAUUAUUUGGUUGUCGUCAGCUUCCCGCCUCGCCUAAAAGCCGCGCAUGCGCAGUGGCGCCCUAGCCCUAGAGUGGAAGUGAAAGAUGGAGGAAGAGAAGAGUUUGUUUCAUGAGAAGAGAGAGGAUGGCAGACGGAUAAGAAGCCACCUCUGCAGUGGGAAGGGCCUCCGUUGUGAUGCACAGGUGUACCAUGAGUUCUCUUCUACCUGUGGGGGAAUGUGAAGAACUAAGCCAGGGAUCCCACAAGCCGCUAGGUGUGGCUGACACACUUGACAAUUUGUCCUGUUGCUUCAAAGGUGGAUCACACCCUAUUUUCCUUGGUGAAAAGCAGCCUCCUUGGAGCACCUUACUCCAGCCCUACACACAAGGAGGAGGAGAUCGUGAUUUCACCAUGCGGAGGGAGCCAUUGGGAAUAAUGCUGCAGCCAUUGAAAACCAUCAGCUGCGUUCUUAUAGUGGGCUGGGCAAUGAGCACCGUUUCGAGUCAUGAGGAUGUCCGCGUCCCGCUGCUGAAUGGAAACAGAGAGCUUUCCCAUCUGCCAAGAGAGCAGCUUGUGAAAAACCUCCAGCCCUUCCGUCAAAAACGUGACGCAGAAUGCCCACCUGACCAAACCAUAACCGAUGAGGUGCUGCAGGACAAGUUAAUGCCAAUUUAUUAUGCACCCGAGGAUUUGCAGUUGUGUCUAAAAGGCCCAAAACUGGUGGAAAGUCUCCCUACAAUAUCAUCUUACGCUUUCACUUACGACCAGCUGAAGGCGUUAAAAGAUAACCUGGACAAGGAGUUUCCUGAUGGAUAUCCGUCUUGGCUGCUCCCAAACAUUGGAGUCUUUUUGACUGCAACAAAUGAAACCGACAUAAAGAAAUGGAAUUACACCUCGCCGGAGACACUUGCUGCUUUGCUGAGUGUGUCGCCUGAAGAUGACAUGGCCAAAUUGCUUAUCAAGCAGUACCUUGAUUCUGGGGGGCAACUCAAUAGCACCGCUCUGGAUGUCAUUGGACCGAAAUACAUUUGUCUCCUGGAUAAGGACCAGUUCAGCAUGAUAGAUGAAAAUGCCAUCAAGAUGGCCUCCAAUUUCGAUCCUUCUAAGUGUUCCCAAGCCAUGUUAGACAACUUGUACCCCAAAGCCAAGCGGGCUUUCUCCGACCGACACAACGAAUUCCCGGCUUAUUAUAACCUGAUCAAGCCAUACCUGGGUGGUGCUCCAGGUGAAGAUCUCAGAGCUCUGAGCAAAAAUAGGGUCAACAUGGACAUUGGGACUUUCAUGACUUUGAGGAAGGACUCUGUGAUGGAUCUGACGGUGGAUGAGGUCAAAGGCUUGCUGGGAAGAAACCUGAGAGAACUGAAGGAUCACCAGGAUCAACCUGUGAUAAGUGCCUGGAUCCACAGACAGAAGCAGUCCGACCUGGACAGCCUGGACCUUGGGCUCAAGGGGGGGCUCCCUAAUGGCUACAUGGUUCUCCCACGCAUUUCUUACCGUAAGAAACGGGAGGCAUUCGCUUUCGGGAGGAUUUGAGCGCCAGUGGAAGAAUCAACAGAAGACAGGAGCCCUUUAUUCUGGGAAAUUGGAUUGCAUACUUCAGUUCCUACAAGUGCAAAUUGCUUUGCAACUUCAGUGUGGUGUUAUAGUUUGAUCGCCAGACUAGGACUCUGGAGAACAGGGUUUGAAUGUCUCCCAGCCAUGGAGAUCCACUUGGCAGCAUGAACUUAGUACUGUAUGUAGAGAAUCUUGUAGCACCUUUGAG